AUGUCCUCCGUCCCUACUUAUACGCUCAACAAUGGGGUGAAGAUUCCAGCCAUUGGAUUGGGCGGCGCGGCUGGUCGUGAUGAGAAGGAGAAGGAGAAGGCGAGAGUGUGGUUUCUGACCGCGUUACAGGCCGGGUACAGACACAUUGAUGUAGCACAAAUCUACGGUACUGAAGAGGCUCUUGGGAAGGCUAUAAGAGAAUCAGGCGUCCCACGUGAGGAAAUCUUUAUCACGACGAAGCUACCUCCGAGCCACCAUACGCGUGUAGCUGAAUCAUUCCAGGAAUCUUUGGACAAUCUCGGUCUUGACUACGUCGAUCUCUAUCUAAUCCAUUUCCCCUUCGGACUGGCGUAUGAAAAGGGAGUCAACUUCCCCACGAAUCCAGACGGAACACCAAAAGUGGUUGAUUCCCCAACAUUUGUUGAAACUUGGGCCGAUGUAGAGAAGUUACUCGAUACCGGAAAGGUGCGAGCGAUUGGCGUUAGCAAUUUCUCGGUCAAGAACCUCGAGAUCUUGCUUAAGUCUGCGAAGGUUGUCCCCACUGCUAACCAGGUCGAGUUACACCCGUAUCUCGCGCAGUCGGACCUGGUUGAAUACAGCAAGAGCAAGGGCAUCGUAACCACUGCCUACACCCCCACCGGUUAUCAGACCGUGCUUUCUGACCCCACCAUCGCGGAGUUGGCUGACAAGUACGGAGUUUCUCCUGCGCAAAUCGUAUUGGCGUGGCACGUCGCCCGCGGCGUCGUUGCGGUACCAAAGAGCAGCAACAAGGAAAGGCAGAAGCAAAACAUAGCUCUCCCGACGUUAGAGCCGUCAGAUGUCGCCAGAAUCUCGUCUUUGGACAAGGGAGAGAGGGUGUGCAACAAGCCGGAUGCGGAUGGCAAGUUCUUUGGCAUUACGAAGGAGCAGCUCGGGUGGUGA